UAAUUUGUAUGCUAAUAGUAAAAUUGAGGAUACAUAUUUUAUUUGUUCGCUGACAUCGGUCGUGAGGACUUCGCUUGGUAGUUAUUUUACAUUAUGAAGCCGAAAAUAAUUCACAAGUGCUUUAUGAGAGCAGUUAAACUGCGAAAGUAUAAUAAUAUAGUGGAAGCGUCGUCUCUGACCAAGCCUAUUAGGGUACUCUUUGGCACAGCGGCGGUCGUAGUAGUGAGCACUCCCGACGGCCGUAUUGAAACUGAAUUUAGUUACGUGGGCUUUCUGUGUUUCUUAUUCGAUUUAGUUGUAUUUUUCUACUGCACUUAUAAGGUACAUGUAGAAGACCAGACGAUCGUGCGCACUAUAUACAACACCAAGUUGAAAUGCUACGGAGAUGACCUUGAAAGAAUCAGUUCUUUUAUUUUCGCUCUGUUUGCAAUGUGGAAGGUACCUUUCAGCAUAAGUGGGUCCCGAGAUAUUAAUCAACGAAUUGUGGAUAUUGAUAAAGCAAUUGAAAACAUGGGAGAAAUAAUAGAUUACAAUAAAAGUGCGUUGUCAUCGUUGUUUAUAACAUUAGGACAGAUUGCAGAAUACUCCUUAAGACUGUGUUGUAUUUGGAUGGCCCUAAACAGCUUAGGCGUGGGUGUUCCUUUUGAGAAAUUGUAUCAAGUCGUGUACACAGACAGCAUGUCCCUGGUGUUGAUUUCACACUAUUGCUUUCUACUAAUUGUGUUGAGAGACCGAUAUAAGUAUAUAAAUAAAAUCCUCACGGAAAUUAAAAAUCGGAAUGCCUGGGAGUACAAGUUGUUCAUGAGAACCAAACUAUGCUACAACGUGAGUAAAGCGGAACAACUGCAGCAUCGAAGUGUGUGCGAGAAGAUUAAUUCUUGUGCGAAAGUGUAUUCGAUGUUAUACAGAGCAACGAAAGCAUUGAACAAAAUGUUUGGAACGUGUUUGGUGCUCACAAUGCUGGUUUAUUUAAUUUGUAUAAUUCUAUAUCUAUUCUAUUUUAUGGAAGCCACAGCGUCAAGUUUGUUUCUUGAUGCAAACAGAUACUUAAACUGCCUGAUCUGCGUUUUCUGGCAGAUAGCACACGCCGCUAUUUUAAUGUACGCUAUAGUUUAUUUUAGUGAAUCAACAGUAGAAGAGGUGAGCUGACUUUUUAUAUUACUGAAUCAUACUUAGUAUUCUGAGUUACAUUAAUAUGAACUUAUAUUGGAUUCCAGGCAGCGAGGGUAGCAUGUCUAACGCAUGGAAUUAUACAAAACGAUAUCAAACCUGAUAUAAAUAUUGAAGCUAUGCAAUUAUCUUUGCAAAUACUACAUCAAACUCCGAAAUUUUCAGCGAAUGGUCUGGUUGAUCUGAAUUACGCUCUGCUUUAUGAUGUAAGUAGACUCAUAGAAGCAAAAAAUAUUGUGCGUAAUUACUGUCGGUAAUUAUAAAAAUUGUCUUUGUUUCAGGGAGUCCGAUCGGUGUUUACAUAUUUAAUAAUAGUUUUGCAAUUUGCCACCGAGUCAAAAUAAUAUGAAAUAAAUAAUAUGAUUAUUAGAAUUCGAUUACGUUGUAAUUUAGGAUCAUAGAUAGUGUUAUGGGCUAUUUUAGAAAAUUAAAUCGCAAGGGCUACAAUAAAUUGAAUAUUUUACUAAAUAAUCCAUCCAUCAUCGUCCAUCGUUCAUCAAAUGGCAACUAUACAUCUUGCAGAUAACAAUUAUAUUGAAUUACAAAUAUUUGAUGUGUUUACUAUAAAGCAUUUAACAUAAUUGUUCUGAUUUAAUCCAAUACUAACACAUAAAGGGUCACUCUACUCUGUCGGUUAAUAAUUGUAAUUUCAAGGAAAUAUUGUAUCUUAAGGUAUAUGUUAUUUAGUCGAUUUGACAACGCGCUGCAAACGCAACUAAGGGGCGCAGACAAAUUUCAAAACAGAUCACAAUCGUACACAGCUUGGCAGAAUAAAUAAAUACCAGCGGUGGUUUCUACUUAAAGAACUUGAAUUUGACAGAUCUGCUGUCAAUUAACUAGUAUUGCACUUUAUUAUCACGUUCUU